AUGGCCUCUUACAGGCCGUUCCCCCCGCCGCCGCCGGCUCAGCCUCCUUACCUGCCGCCGGCGCCCAACCAGGCCCCGUUGCCGCCGCCGCCGCCGCCGCCUCCCCCGCCGCCGCCUUCCAAUGGCGGGAACUACCACCCCCAUCAGCCCUACCACCAUCAGCAGCAAGGCAGCAGCUAUGGUGGAGGGGCCGUAGUGCCGCCUCAGCCUCACCCCGGUGCCGCCCCUUCUUCCUCGUCCUCCUAUCCUUCCAAUUACGGGCGUGUGCCUCCCAAUUCUGGCUAUGGCGGCCCCCCACCUCCCUCCCACCAUCAUAACCCUCCAAGGCCGCAACCUUACCAUCAGCAGCACCACCAGCAGCCGCAGCAACAACAACAGUACCCAUAUCAACCGCCGCCGCCGCCGCCGCCGUCUGGGUCUAUUAAUCUACCUCCACCACCCCCAAGGCCAGCUCAGUACCCCCCCCAGCCUUCCACAGCGUCUCAGCCCCCUCCGCAGCCUCCGGCGCCCGUCUACUACUCAUCAUCAUCAUCGAUAUCAUCAUCCCACUAUUCUUCUCAAUUUAACCCCGGAAAUUUGCCUCUGCCUCCUCCCCCUCCUCCGCCUUCUUCGCCUCCACCAAGUGCCUCCCUCCCUCCUCCACCACCUCCGCCCAUUCCACCUUCAUCCCUCCCGCCACCGCCUCCGCCUCAUCCUAAUGCCAAUGCUAAAGAGAGCUCCUUGGGCACACACUCGCUUGAUGCUUCACACACAAGGCCUCCAGUCCCAACCAGUCAAAAUAGGGGAUCCUCAUUCAACCCUGCGGCGGGGUCCUCAGGGAAAGAUGUGCCGAAUGUGAUGUCAAACGCUUCCCAUCGGAGGGCCGAGACAGAGGAGGAGAGGAACUUGAGGAAGAAGAGGGAGUAUGAGAAGCAGAAGCAAGAGGAGAAGAGGAGGAACAUGCUUAAGCAGUCGCAGGCCACCGUUCUGCAGAAGACUCAGACCAUGUCAUCGGGCAUGAAGGUUCAUAGCUCAAUGGCAGGCUCUCGAAUGGUUGAGAGGAAAACAGCCCCGCUUCUGGGCGGGGAUAGAGUUGACAACAGACUCAAGAAGCCGACUACUUUCUUGUGCAAGCUCAAGUAUGUGCUUCCUUUGGGCAAAAGCUAGUUCUCGUUUGUCUGCAUCUUUACAUUCAACACCAAAUAGCAUUUGAUUUUUACUUGAAUCUGUUGUCAACUACCCUCCUCUUACACUAAAAAUUCUCAUCGGCAACUACAUUUUAUUCUGUUCUAAUUUCAGCCGUUACACCAUGUUUUAGGAUUUGUAAGUUUGGAAAACAGUUAAUCAUUAGUUAUAAAAUGCCCCCUGACCAUGGUUAUAAAUCUGUUUCAAUAGCUCCCCGAUUGAUGGAAUAAAGAUAAAAAAUUAUUAGAUUCGGUUGAGAUAGUAAAUCCUGGCAUAGCAGGAGGAUUAGUUGGAUCAGUUUUUUCGAUUCAUCAUCUAUUUUGGAAGAAGUACUUGGGUGAAAAGCAUACUAUCCAGUAUUUCUGUCUAAUGCUUGGCGAAGCUUUUCUUCUACAUCCCGUUUCUUUUUUUUUUUUCUUCAUUUUUUUCUUUAACCUCAAUUUCAGGUUCAGGAAUGAGCUACCAGACCCAACGGCACAGCCAAAGUUGUUGGCUUUAAACAUUGACAAAGACAGGUGCGUUAUCAUCCCGAGCACUGUCUUGUCUCAUUUUCAUUUCUUUUCCUUGAAUGUUCUAUGUUGGAAUUCGUCUUACUCGGAGGCUGCUUCAUGUUGAAGAGAAUACUUGAGGAAAUUUAUUACGGUGCUGUCAUUGUAUACCCCGUUUCAUUUUGAAGACCAGACAUUUCUUCAAUUUUCUUUACUUCUUUUACAUUCUGGCAUUCCCGCCCGCUUAACAGCUGCAUUGCCUGGAUCCUUCGUGAGGGAAGAGGCACCGCCCAUGAUGGAUUGCACUAAUUUCUGCGUUGAAUAUGAUUCUGCGAGCUGAUUCUAGUUUAUCGAAAAAAAGAUGAAAUCAGGAAGAAGAAUGUGGUGUUUUUUUCCAUAAAUGAUGGUAUUCUUAUAAUGUUCUUGAAUCUGGUUUUUUUGCUAAUCCUUUAUUGAGCCCUCCGUGGAACCCAACUGAGGGAAGAAAAAAUAGGGCAUAGAUUACAUGCCUGCUCAAAGAUGAGAUGGGAUUCUUUAACCGUACUAGGCGCCCCGAACCCUCUGUGGUAUGCAUCCUUCUCCCAAGCAAUAAUGGAUCCAGAGGAAUAACACUUGAGAGCAGGAAGAUUUUUUUUGACAGGAAGACAUUUGAUAAAGGAAUUUCUCUAAAUUAAUGCAGUACAGUGUUGACUGAAUCCCAAUGGUUGUCGGAAUCAAGUUAGUCCCGCACGUCUGUUUGAUAAUCUGAAAACUUUCUUGUGCUCUUAAAUGCAGUGUUGGCUACUAUUCAAAUGCUGAUUUCUUUAGAUAUUUCACUAUCAUAAGCUGGUCUUGUGGUUUUUUUUUUGUCUAAUUCUGUGUAUACUUGUGGCAGAUAUACCAGGUACAAUAUUACUUCAUUAGAGAAAAUGCACAAGCCGAAACUUUAUCUUGAGCCAGAUCUUGGGAUACCCCUUGAUCUACUUGAUAUGAGCGUAUACAAGUAAGCCAUCGGGUGAAAACUCCGCUAAUUUCUAGAAAAAAUUGAUCCAUAAAGUCUCACUAGAUUGCACAUGUUUGUGCACCAGUCGCCCCAAGGGGUUUAUACCCCUUGAUCCAGAAGACGAGGAACUCUUGCGUGAUACUGAAGUAGUGACGCCCAUCAAACAGGACGGUAUAAAAAGGAAGGAACGCCCCACUGACAAAGGCGUUUCUUGGCUGGUUAAGACUCAGUACAUCUCCCCUCUCAGCAUGGAUGCAGCGAAACUGGUAUUGACACAUCUGUCACAUUCUUUAUGAAUAACAAUAUCUUCAAUUAUUUACAAGUCCAUGAAGAAUUUAGAUGGGUUGUUUACUCAAGCAUUAUUGAUUCCAGUCCAUAACCGAGAAGCAAGCGAAGGAAAUGAAGCAAACAAGAGAGGGUCGUAGUAUCUUAGAAGAUCUCAAUGACAGGUUUGUUGAUGACAACAAUCUUCGGAAAAUUUAUCAUGCAUGAGACGAAUUUCCAGAGCUUUUUUUCACUUGAAAUUGUUUGCAGGGAUAAACAAAUCGAGGCCAUUGAGGAAUCGUUCAGGGCUGCAAAAUUACGGCCUGUACAUCAAACGAAUCCUAGACUAGAGCCCGUUGAGGUUUUGCCGCUUUUACCUGACUUUGAUCGGUAAGAUUCGUGUGUAUUAGUAUGAAAUCUAAACUUAAUAUGAUAUAUUUCAGUGAUUAGUAGAGCAUUUGAAGAAGUAGAGGAUAAAAGAAAUAUUUAUUUUAACCUAAAUCAGGGUUGGAGACCAAAAUGGAAUCCUCAUUUACUGGCUCUCACACCGCAGUUUCAGUGAAUCAAUUCCCAUGUUGUUGAUACCAUUUCAAUGAAAUACCUACUAUUGGGGUAUCCAAUUUUUAUUCUUCUCUUUGUGUAUUUGUUCUGGUUAUGUUGCCAUAGCGAGUGAUAUAUUUCUUGGGCUUGAACUCACUCAUAUUUUUUUUUUUUGUAAUAGUUACGAAGAUAAAUUUGUGACCGUUUCAUUUGAUGGCGAUCCAACCGCUGACAAUGAACUCUUCAAAAAGUUGGAUAAAUCCACCCGUGGUGAGCAUGAAGCAAAGGUGAUUAGAAACUCGUUUUGUAAUUUUAUUUUGGGACUAACUGGUGAUGUCAAUUGUCUAAUUUUAAUUUCAUACUUGUUUGUACUCUAGGAAAUACCUUUAUUGUACCAUUUUUAACUUGUAAUGUGUUUACCAGAGGUUCUAUGCUAUCACCAGCCAGUCCUACUCUUGGGGAGUUACCGUAGAGUAAAAUUCAACCUAUUAUUUUCUGAUAGAUGAGCGUGGAGAGCUGGUGAUGGAGUCCUAUCCUUUGGCUCUUUGAAAUUUCAGUUUAUAGGGUUAGCAGAAUCCCCUUCAUGUUCAAACAUUUUUGUUUUUAUUGCAUCUUAACUAUAGGUUAUUCGAAUUAAACAUAUAUUUUCUAGAAAUUAAGAUUGAGAUUUCGAUUGUACCAUCAGCUUUGGCGAUUAUUUUCAAUGGCUCCAUUGACAAAGAAAACCAGAAAAAGAAGAAGAAAUUUUCUCCGUGGCCAUGUGGGCUUUUAAUCAGUUGUUAUUCUUUUAAUUAGUCGUCUUUUGGCUUCUUCCCGCUUUACUUUUCAGGUAUAUCAUUCCAUUUAAUGUGUGCAUUAUCAUUCUCCUGUGUGCUGAUGGCUUAUUGAUGGCAGGCCAUAAUGAAGAGCUGCAUGGCGAGUGGUUCAGAUCCUGGGAAGCCAGAGAAAUUCCUCGCCUACAUGGUUCCUGCCCCAGAUGAGGUGACCUUACCAGUCUCACUUGCCCAUUUGUGGUUAUUUGAAAAGGCUAAAAAAUGGGCCUUUUCCGGUACCUUGAGAUACUAUUUAGAGAAUUUCCAACCCUAAUCGCUCAUUCAUAAAGUCAAUUCUUUUUUCCUUGCCAGCUUUCGAAGGACAUUUAUGACAUGAAUGAGGAGACAACUUAUAGCUGGGUCAGAGAAUAUCACUGGGAUGUACGUCUCAAGAACACGGGGGAUCCAUAUCUUUAGGUUAUAUCUUAAACCUUGACUUGGGUAUCUCUUAAACCUUCCUCUGUGCAGGUAAAGGGGGAUGAUUCUGAGGACCCAACAACCUAUCUUGUUCAUUUCGAUGAAGAUGGCGCCCGAUACUUGGUGCAGUAUAAAUAUUUUUUAAAUAUGGAAUUAAUCGAAUAUUCGGCCUUCUCUAGCCCUCCUGAUUAUACUCUUCCUCGUUGUUUGCAGCCGCUGCCCACCAAGCUGGCUUUGCAGAAGAAGAGGGCUAAAGAAGGCAGAUCCACUGAUGAGCUUGAACAGUAUGCUGUACCUUGUAGGGUUACCAUGAGGAGGGGAUCAGCUGUCGCGGUGAGAGAAGGGAACGUACCCGGAGGAAUGCCAGCAAGCCAUGUAAGCAAUAUAUUUAUAUAUCUAUAUAUAUAUAUAUAUAUAGAAUUACAAGUAUUUAGUCAUUCUGUCCCAUUUUUUUCAUGAGUUUGGUGUUUCAUUGUUCCUUGUGGCCCACAAGUGCAUUCCUUCUAAUGCAGCAAACCUCCUCUCUCCUCCCGCCCCUUUGUUGAAAAGGGUUUAGCAGUCUGAGUAGCGAGAAGUUAAAUCCAUCACUUCCUGAUCAAUAGAAUGAUAAAAAAAAUCCAAUCUUUUACACCUUGGGCUUCUCUUUUCUUCCGUUUCCUACAACGGGUACACUCUCGUUCAAGAGGGAAAUCUGAUUCUUUCUGAUCUGGGUCGACAUUUUUGGUUUUGAUUUCCCAGGACUUCGAGAGCUCCAAAGGAGAUGUGAAGAGACUGAAGUCUGGGAUGGUUGAUGCCCCUGAAAUGCGGCACAAGAGCUCGCAGAAGGCGGUUGUUGAUGAGUACAGCGGAGAAGAAGAUGAGUCGGAUUAG